AUGUCGUAUUUAUUUAGAAACCACAGAUGUGUGCGAGCAGUAAACAGGACACUCAGACGCAAAUAUUGCCACCCCUACAGUGCGCAUGGUCAGAGAGGAAAUAAAAAAACUGGAAAGGAUGUAAAACCUGAAGUGUGCAGAUCGAUUCUGGGAGAUGAACUUCUUUUUGCUACACCCGCUGAACAGGAAUGGAGGGAGAACCUAUUCGUUACCUACAGUAUUCGCUUCUCGAGAAAAAGAAGAAAUGUAAGUUAGUGGUUUUUCAUUUUGCACCGAACCUUAACACAAAAGACAGUCCCGGGGGGUACUCCUGGGAAUUCUUGGUGGGAGUGUUCCGCCCGGUUCUCCAAAUGGCUUAUAUAAGGGAGUACCCCCCUCCCCCGGAACACAUUAAUGAGAUCUCCUCUUAGUUGUACGUCUUGUACCUAUAGUCAAUACGUACCUCUCUCAAAUUGACGUAGACUCUUGCCAUUAGAAGGAAAGUAUUUAUGUCCGACCUGUCUGAUAACAGCCGAUAUGAUGCUUUAUCCCCAGACCUGAGCAAAGAAUUAUCCCCUACCACUUCAGAUCUGACUCUGCCCGUAUAAUCAACAGAUCGAGGACAAAGAGAAAAGUGGAUUCUUUUUAUUUUAAGCAAUUCUUAACUUUACAAUUAUCCUGUUACCUUGGAUUCAAUGUUAGUGUUUUUUAUUUUAAGCCAUUCUUAACUUUACAAUUAUCCUGUUACCUUGUUCAAAUUGAUACCCACUUUAGUGCAAACAGAGUAUUUUGAAACCCGUGUUUUGAUUCAGUUUUUGUUGAUUAAUUAUCUUCAAAAAUUUAAUAAGCGCUCAGGGCGGUUAAUCGAAUAAAUUCGGUAUCUUCUAAACCAAUAGUACAGUAAAUGUUAUUUAUUAUUCAUAUCUUCAUUGUCUAAGCAAACCAUGCCGGAUUUCCCAGGACAAUUGCUGAAUAAGACUUGCUGGCGGCUCAUCAGACACAUGUACUGCAAAUUUUUGUUACCCAAAUGUGAUUUGACAUCAUCGAAGCCUCGGCCCCAGCCAAUUUGCAAGGAGGCAUGUCAGAAGUUUAACGACCGGUGCCAGAAGGACUGGGGCAAGGUAUUAAAAAUAUAUCAAAGUAAAUACCAACUGAUCUCUUGGGGAGUUCAGAGCGUAGUUUCUGGUGGCAUGCAGAGAGGUACAUCUUUGAUGUGGUGCAAGGGUCUUCCAAAGCGAAAUGGACCUGAUGCUCCUGAAUGCUAUUAUCCCGAGAUAUUGAAAGGUAAACGUCUUACGUUGUUUAACGUGCAAAACAUUCAUUCCAGAUUACACGUGGAUUACACCAUUGCUCAGUUUCAUAGCAACAUUUACAAGCAAUUAGUGGCGUAAAUGCCGAAAAUAACAUACUUUCUGCAACCUUGUUCCCAGGGCUUUCUUUUUCCAGUCUUCUGGGCAAGAGAAAGAACCUGGGAACGAGGUUGCCUUAUUGCAGCUUGUGUCGCAAAACUUGAUAUCAGCCUAUCCAAUUCAAUGGUAGUUCUUCUUCACAUAUGGUACUUGCUUAAACGUUUGUGCAUUAGUCCUCCGCGGUGCACAGUCAGUCGACUCUCUCUUAUAGGGCACCUCUAUAAAACGGACACCUAGAGUUGGUCUCUUACCUUCUUUACUCCCUUUAUUAGAGUCUCUAUAAGACGGACAUUUCUGUAAGACAGAAACUUUAUGCCGGUCCCAAAAAUGUCCUUCUUAGAGAGGGUUGAGACUGUAAACGUUGUGAGGCAAAAUGAAGUUGCAGUAUUGAAACAUUAGGAAGCUGAAGCAACAACAAAGGCGACGGCUACGAAAACGUCACUUGGAAAGUGAAUUCGCGCUGCUUCAAAGUUUAUCGCACUUAUUCCAUCUCGUUCAGUUCGUCAAAUGUUGGCAAACGUUUCUGGAAUUGAGUUCAAGAGGACUGAAUCAAAGUUCAGGAAAAUAAGAAGAAAGUCUGUCCUGUGUCCACGUCCGCCAAAAAACGUAAAAAUUAGGACAUGAAGUUUCACGUCAUACUCGUACAGUGACGGCAAAGAAAUCUACAAAAAAGCGUGAUGCACGAGCAAAGUUGUUUUUUGCUAAUCUAAACCUAUUGCUUUUUUGCCGUUCUUGUUGCCGUCCCCGUCGUCUUGGCUUAAGCUCCCUAUGGCCUAGCUUAAAAAGCCUUCAGGAAUUAUGGGCAGCACAGCAAACUGCAGACACAGGUGGUGUUAAGCAAAACCUUGGUUCCGACGGUGUAAUUCAUCAUCUAGAAGAAUAAUUGACUUGUUCCGGAUCAGAAAGACCUUUUAAUUGUAGUCAGACAAUCGCAGCGGCCACAAGGUUGUUGAGGGGCUAUUUUGAGAACCGGACUAAGAACUAAGAAACGACGAGAACUAACUUCACACAAAAUGGUAGAACACUGAGGAUGACAGUUUGCAUAAUGUCAAUAGCUGAUCACGUGACACAGAUUUACACCAGAAUGGCCGGAGUUUAUUACGUGACGUCACAUGUCUUCAAUCUAUUUCGUGAAGCCAUCAUUUUUCAAGAUAUCUUUGUUUUCUAGCUUUUGCUUUUUUCUGACUGUUUUUUGCUCAACAUUUAUUAUUUAUUUCAGAUAAGGCGGACCCUCUUCCUACUACAGGUAACAAAAUAAGACGUUGUCUACACAUUUGAUGUUCAUUCGAGUUUAUACUGAAUAUCUUACCAAACGAGAAUUUACCAUAACCGCUCAAGCGAGCUCUCGAAGGACGAUGGAUUUUAAAGACUAUUUUACUUCCCAACAAGAGAACAUUUAUGUUGUACUGUUUAAAAACAAGCAGGAGUCUAUUGUCAGGUUUUAAAACAUUAACUCGGGGCUAAGCCGACAGUUUUUAGGCCUGAUAAUAAUCUCCUGCUCGUUUUUUGAACGGCCUCAAAAUCUCUGAUAUAGAUCAACUCAUUCUUGCACUAAUAUUUAGAUUUGGGCUUAUUUUGGUCUAAAAAAUUGGACGUAAAGUUUAGCCGUGUCUUUAUAUGAUAUAUAAAGACCCUCAUUAAAUAUUAACUGCUUUUGUUUUAUCUUUAUGAAUUAUUAAUGAGUUUUUGAAUGAAUGAAAAUAUUUGUCGAGCAAAAGGUACGGAAAAACAGGCAACAAAAAACAUGCAACUUGUCUUGCAACAUUGCUACGACAAGUUGAAUAGCGAUAUUGCACCUUUUACCACCAACAAAAAGCAGGUUGUUUUUUAACAGGUUUGAACGUGAGUGGUGAAACGCGCGACAUCGCUUUUCAAAUCGUUUUCCAGCAAUGUUGCAAAACAAGUUGCAAGUUUUUUUUAUCCGUUUUACCGAAGCUUACAAUUCUAUACCACGUGUUUAUAUACAUGAACUCGCAUCAUUUGAGGUUUUCUGGGAAGCUAACCACCUACCCCUCCCCUAAGUCACAAUUUUUCCCUAAGUGAGAAGUAAGUGUUAAUGUUGACUUUAACACUUACUUCUCGCUCAGGGUAAUAUUGUGACUUAGGGGAGGGGUGGGUGGUCUGUUAUCCAGAAAUCUCAAUUGAUCAAUGAUGAACUCUUCGCAGAAACGUGUUUCUACGGUGACGGGCAGUCAUACCGUGGAAAUGUAUCUGUCACCCAGUCAGGUUAUAAGUGUCAACGCUGGUCUUCCCAGUGUCCUCAUCGGCACUACAGAACACCAAAAACCUUUCCUGAACUAAAAAAAGUUGGCAAUGCAUGCCGGAAUCCUGGUGGCCAGGCCCCUCACGGCCCUUGGUGCUACACAACCAAUAGCACAGUACGAUGGGAAUACUGCCGUGUCGAUAAAUGUGGAUCGCAAGAAGGAAACGGAGGUUCGUUUAUAAAUCAACGUAGUUCAUGAUUUGUGUCGCACGUAUUGUAACUGUAGUCAUCCUGAAUACGAGUUUAAAAAAAGGAGGAUCCAGUAGGAUCUGAAUCAGAAAUUACGACCAAAAAAUCACAAACAUACAGGCUGAUUAGCGCACGGCUCCCGUUCCAUUGUGGACUAAGCAUAUUAUUCAUCGGCUAUUGCAAUUAGUAAUGAAUUGAAAGUAAAUUGUAAUGAAUCAUGGGCUCCUGUAAUGAUUCAGUUACAGAUAUCCGUCACUUUAACUCUCUAUACUCCCAAAUAAAAAUAAUGCUCUACUCUCAAUUAUUUUCUGGUUUUACAUUUCUCUUUAGGAUCACUUUUGUUUUUUUCUUUUUCUUCACAGAUUAACUUGAGGCAAAACACGAAAAGUGAGAAUGUUCGUUGGGUAGGAGAGAUGGCUUAAGAAAAGAAAAGACCUGCCACUUGUUACUUUCAUUCACAACACUGAGGCUUAAAAAUUAAAACUCCUUCAGUUGUAGAAACAAAAAGUCUAUCAUGUGAAAAGAUGGCCAAAUAGAAUAAUCACACUAUAGGACUUCGCCCACAGAUUUAAAAAAAAAGAAAACCGACUUCAUGUUUUAAAAAUUAAUAGAACCAUAAAGAGAUUUUGAAUGGUUACACCAUAGGGUUUUUCGUCCACAGACUUAAAAAGUUAGAACUACAUACUAAAUUAAUAGUACGAAGUCAAGAUUCGCUGGAGAGAUUAAAUCUAAAUGUAUUUUCACCAUUUCCUCCACAGACCCGAAAGUAAGAACCUCUUUUCAUGUCUUAAUUUUGAUUAAUUCUUAGUUUUAAAGCGUUGAGCGUUACUAUUUGACACUUAAUGAUGGACCCGGAGAAAAAAUUUAAUUUUGGUUCUUGAGAAUUUCAAUGUUUUUCGAGGCGGAAUCAUAAGCACGUAAAGCGCUUUGGGAGAACGUUAAACAUUAGGGACCUUAAGCAAGGACGACGACGACAGCAGUGAAAACACGUAAAACAAUGAAUUUGCGUUCUUUCAAACUUAAUCGCGUCUAGUUGGACCGGCUCAAUAUGUCAAAUGCAGGCGACUUUUCCUGGAGUUGAAUUCUUAAGGAUUUUAUUCAGGUUAAAAAAGAUGAAGGAAAAUUCGUAGUCGUAUGUCCACGUCCUCCAUAAAACGUCAAAUUAGGAGGUUUCACGUCGUAGUCGUGCAGUGGACGUCAAAGAAAUGUACUAAAAAGCGUGAUGCACGUGCAGAGCUGUUGUUUUGAUCAUUAAACCUAUUGUUGUUUUGAAGUUGUCGUCGUCGUCGUAGUAGUAGUUGCUUAAGCUCCCUAUUAGUAGAAUGUCACCGACUGUAGUUUUUACAGUAUUUUAGAGUACUUUAACUCCUUUAAAUCAAACGUUGAAUCAAUUUGUGAAUCACCUUGAAUUAAUCUUCGUGUAGUUUACAAUAAUUAAUACAAUUGUUACAAUAACUUUUUAAUUCUACCUUCAACUUUGUAUUUUCCUUGUCACAUUGAACUUUUUUCUUGCGUAGUUUAAAUGACAAGGGCAGAAGCAUUCCCUGAUGUCUUUGUUGCAUGUAGUUGAAACUACAAUAGUUUGAUUCUGAUUGUAUGACUCUUGUUAAAGACGAUGACGGAGGACCUGUCAAAACGUGCCUUUGAAAUUCAAGACUGUUGUUGUUGUUGUUGUUUUAUUUUCUUAAAACCGCAAUCAGCAAGUCAUUACCUACCUUGUUAGAAGAUCUAGGAAAGAUCGAAGUGACUCUGCUAGCAGGGGAGCUAGGCAUAACCUCCACUCACACCUGUCAAAAAAGGGAUUAGUUCCUGACCUAACUAGAUGUUAGUUUAUGUGUCGUAGGUGACAGCGCUCUGCACACUGACUGGAGGACGAGAACUCAUGCUAAGGGGCGAUAAGUUGGGUCGGGAAAAACGGCGGCGAAAGUUUUCAAGAACGGGCAGGAGAGCCCCUGGGAUACUACUCUUAACUCUUCGUUUCCGGUUUUUGUGUAAUUUGACUUGGUAUUAUCAAUAAAGGGCCACUAAACUGAGUGGCCAAACUACGGCAAAUAAUGGUGUCCGUUCAAUUCCUCCAGCAAACCGAGCUCACCCCUAGCAAUGAACAUUGUACAGUACAUGGCUUUAUUGGCAAGCGAGCAAGAAGCAUAAAAAUUAAAAUAAAAAACACAAAGUCACACUAUUGAGUGGUGACAACCUCAUCUAAUACAGAAAGAUGAUCUUGUUAGUUGUGUUAACUUGGUCGCUUUUCCUUAAAGCUCUUAACUGCAGAGUGCAGGAAGGUAAAGCUUUAAAGUAUAAACUAGAAGGUAUUACGCCACGAGCAACACACCUGAAACAAUUCUUAACUGGCAUAUUGUGAAUCUGCUGACAAAAUCUUUAAUUUAAUUAAUCGCGCUUUCAAAAUUGAAAGUUGUUCCUGCCGUUGGUAUGACUAUCGUUAUUCGAUAUUUGACAACAUGGUGAUUUGGCGUUUUUGUACAAUCUUUGUUGGCCGAAAAAGUGGAUCAAUAGUAACUUGUUAGCUCUUGUUGUCGGAUCGACUGUGUUUGUUGGCAGACUCUCAGGUUAAAACAACUAAAGCCGAAAGUGAAAGUGCUGCAUGGCAGUUUUCUCAUAAAACGACUUUUAAAUGCGGUUUGUUUGUUAAGAGGCUUGAAACUUAAAACUUGAUAGCAAAACUCUUUUCCUCUCAAAAACUACAUUUUUCUAUGUUGAACGCGUAUUUUCGCGUAUGUAUUUUCGUUCACUCCUUCUCUCAUGGCGGAAGUAAAAAAUACGGGAAGUUUACUUUCAUAAGUUGCGGUACAUUUUGAGGACCUUUCAAUUCAAAUCACUCUUUAUAUAAAUGCUUCAAUAAUUUGUUGUUUUAAAUGGUAUUAAAUAAUUAGGCUCAUUUAUGUUUAGGUUUUUAAUAAAUACGACAGAAAUUGCCAACGGCCAGAAACCGGAAGUUGGUCAUCGAAAUACUAAUAGGUCCGCAAUGCGUCGUUAUGACUGCAUCAACGUUUGGUACUUUCAGAAAUAGUAGAUCGGUUAACAUUUCAUAGUAAGCUUAACUUUUGCACCCUUGUCUUCUUUAGUUAAUAAUAAUCAACAUAUUAAAUUAGACAGGAACAAGAAGCAUUAGAAGCUAAAUAAACUAUACUAACGUAUGUAUAACUAUUUAUCAUUCUGUGCAGAAAAUCGUAAUUUUAAUUUUAAUUUUCAUUAGACAAUGAAUUUGGCCAAGAGGACAAUGUUUUGCUUCCAUCGCAGUAUACGGUUAGGUGAGAUGUAUUGCGUUUGACUACUUCACGAAAUAUGAAUGAUUUAUAUUGCAAAAGUUUUGGGUAGCAUUGAGUCAUCGUGUUAGAUAAGCCAGGAUCAAAUAAAUUUUUAACGGAAUGACCUUUUCGACUAAGUGAUAAAGGGAUCGCGACAAACUGACGAAAGACAAUUGGCUGAAUGACAUGACUAACGGACUGACCCGUCAACCGACCAGUGGCGACUGAAUGACUGAAUGACUGGCAGUCCGCCGACUGACUAGCGAACUUAACAUCCGACGACGACGGCGACGGUAACGAGAACGUCUAAAACAACAACUAGAUUUAAUUAGCAAAACAACAACUUUGCACUUGCAGCAUACUCUUUAAAUUUCUUUGCCGUCCCUGCACAAUGACUAAUUUCACUUUCUAUGGAGGUCGUAAACUAAGCAGCGAAAAAAGUAAGCGAAUUGGAAUAAUCCCGAUGAAGACUGAAAGAAUGCUGGCCUCCGUCUUCGUCCUGAGAUCUCAAUGUCUCUACUACCCGAAUGACUGGCUGCAAGAGAGUGGUAUUAUCUCUUGCUGUCUGAUCGAGAGUAUGACUUAUUGAAAAGAACAGCUGGCUUCUUGACCGACUGACUGACUGAAUGACUGACUCACAAAAAUUGGGUUUUGUCACGAUGAGUUAAUAAAUUCAAUUUACGACCAUAAAAAGACUCAAAGAAACGCCGACGUUUCGAGCGUUAGCCCUUCGUCAAAGUUCUCUCUUAUCGUUUACACGGGACCCGCGGAACCGUGCCCUAAGCUUUUGAACGGCAAAGUGUGCAAGUUUUUGACCUGAUCAGAAGUAGGUCAAAAAUUUUUGACGGGUUCCACUUUUUUGCCAGCUAGCAGAGGUCUCUUUUCGAAAAACCAGGGAAAAGAUACCUCUGCUAGGAGGGAAUCCACUCAGUUUACUCGGACCUCGUGUAAAACACCUGAACGAUGCAAGUAUUUGCACAGUUUGCGCGGUAAAAGCUCGGAACAUAGUUACGCGCCUUUAGAAAAUCCAUUCCAAUGCUGAAACUGAGACGGACUUGUGUAAACAGUACUGUAAUAGAAUUUGCACAGUCCCUUGUAAGCAGGUUAUGAAGUUAAAAAAAAAUCGUUCGUUUAAAAAUUUGUCCGGACUCCUGUGAACGUAGCCUGCGAAUACAGACGUCUGGGCCUUAAGCGACAGAAAUUGCAUACUGAUGACGUGUUUACAUUAUUAAUCGUAGUUUUGGGGUUCCAAAUGUAAAUUUGUUUCGGUGUUAUGUUUCUCCUGGUCAAUCAUGGUAAAGUUUGGUGUUCUUCUGCGAAUAGACUCCAGCAAAACUUAAAUGCUUUUUCUAAUGAAGAAUAUAUUCCCCUAAUAUUGACCGUUUUGUAGUAGAUACGUUGCGUUUACAUUUGACCCUUGGGGCCUUUUGUCUUUUGUCUGUCAUUUUUAAAAACAAUAGCUUAAACAGUAUAACUAGUUCGUCGGCCAAUCAGAGCUCUUGACCAGAAUUCCGGGCAGUUAUUACGUCAUCAGUAUGGAAUUUCUAUUGCGAAACUUCCCCAGCGGCAAGGAGCAAGGAGAAGACGGCUGUAUUCGCAGGCUAGUGUAAACGGGUUCUUAGUGGCAGACUUGGUGUGACUUACUAACCAGCUGAAGCACCUGUCUGCUGAAUGAUUGUUUCCAAGAAAAAUGCCUAACGCACUGAACUACAUAGCUUCGAAUGACAUAUUUUCACGACUAUUUUACUAACAAAGUGUUUUGUGGUAUUCUAUACACCCCUAGCAACAACACAUGCGUCCCUGCUCAUCCAGUGCCGCACAGAGAUACAGCAAAAUGUCAACCAUAUCAUAGGACAACUAAUGGAUACUGCUCAAAAAUAAUCGGCUCCCGCCUUGUACAUGGCAGCAUUGCAAAUCAGAGAGAAAAAGAACAAAGAUUAAAGGACUUUGUUACAGCAAAAGUAGCCUUACAAACCAUGCUAGGGUUCCACAUUCCAAAAACCUGUCUCAAUGCUGUGGACCUCAUCUACUGCAACCAUUACUUUCCAGACUGCGACAACACGUCCGCUAUUUUCCUUCCACGCCUGAUAUGCAGGGAAACCUGUGAGCUCUUAGUUAAGCUAUAUUGCAAAAGGGAAUGGCUUAAGGCUCAAGAAUUUAAUAAGGUUCUGUCUGCAUCGUCGUUUGGAGAGCAGGUGAAGAGGUUUGAUUUACUCAACUGCACAAAGCUACCUAAACGAGAUGGUGGUAAAAUUCCCGAGUGUUUCUAUCCGAGAGAACCACUGGAAGGUAUAGUCACAAACUUAUUUCUGACUAAGGCAAAUAUUUAAGAGUUAUUGGACGAGAUUGAGCAAAAAAUCGUGAUUUGUCAGUGGCGAGCAGAUCAAUUAUUUGGGCUCCGGCAAAUACUUUGAUCUGCGAGACACUGACAAAUCACGAUAUCUUGCGAUAACCGAGUUCAAUGAUUGUUUUAUCAUUAGAUCACCAAGAAUAUUUUAAAUAAAUAUCUUCGGGAAGCGAAGCGUUCGACUAUUUUCGGGCAAGAGCGAUCGCAAGGAGGAGAAAAGCGUAGUUUGAUUUACGCAUAAGCAGAAUAUUAUUUGCAGCCAACCAGAGCUGGACGACAUUGCGAAUGAGCAGACCUUUACUUGUAGGCAGUUAUUUGCAGGUCACGUGGUGGGAUCUCGGCCAAUGAAAAGAAAGAAAAAUUUGCAUCGAAUGAUAAUUGGAAUAAUUUAACCAUUCGUUGUUAGUUUUUUUUUGUCGUUAUAGUUGUGUUUGCGUCUUCUUUCUAAAGUUUUCGUCCUUGGCACAAGUGGCUGGAUGUACCCGCUUCAUUGAUGUCGUGACACCCAAUUCAUAUAGGUGGUGAUGGUGAUGUGGAUGACGAAGACGAAGAAGAGCCAACCUCGUCCCCAGCCGCCACUUCCAUUUUCUAAGGAAAAAGCCCUGGGGACGAGGUUGGAAAACGAGCAGAAUGUUAAUGAUAAUGAUACAAACUUUCGGCAAUAAACAGGAAAAAAAAUCACUCAGUUAUUUUCUUUUCUGCUUUCUCCUUUUAUUUAGGGCAGGGGAAAAUAUCUAAAAAAAUUGAUACCGUCUCAAGUGGUAAGUAAUGCUGCCAGCGUGAUAAGGUAAUUAUAAACUAAGGUUAUCAGUUUAAAGAAGAUAAAUCGAAAUUAACCGUUGAAUGUUCACAUUCUGUACAAAAAUUGAUUGAAAAUGGUGUUUGUUUAAAGAGUGGAAGAGAACUAUAGAGAAUUGUACAAGAACAUUUUUUGUAUUUUGUAUUUUAUUUACAUGUAUUUGCCACAUAAAUAAAUGACUGCAAGAACAAAAAAGAUACAAAAUUGGAGAAAGUAAUGGCGGAGAGGCCUAAGGGAAACUAUAUAUCUUUUGUUAAAUAGGCCUCCUCAAUUACAUUUUUCAUAGAUGACAUAAAAAUUACCUUAACGGAUACAAUCAUUUAUCAAAAAGAAAGUAACAAUCAAUAUGGAAAUUUACAAAAAUUGUUUUCUUCUCUUCAACCCUUGCUGCCAUUUCAUUUACUAACCAAUGACAAGUACGGGCUGCACAUUUGGUUUCUUUUUUUAUUUGAUUUACACAGUUCUGUUCUACAGGUUCUUGUUACCAUGGUGAUGGCCAGUCAUACAGAGGUAAUGUAGCCGAAACACUUUCGGGUUUCACGUGUCAGUCAUGGUCUUCCCAAUGUCCUCAUCGACACUACAGGACACCCAACAACUUUCCUGAACUGGAAAAUGCCGGCAAUGCUUGCAGGAAUCCUGGUGGUCAAGCCCCUUACGGCCCCUGGUGUUACACUACUAAUCGUAAAGUCAGAUGGGAAUAUUGUUAUAUUGAGAAAUGCGACGGGCGUAUUAAAAGUUGAAACGUUUGUUGCUCUAUAAUUUUAUACGUUAGUUAAGAAUCUACUUAAUAAUUUUUUUAUACAACCCGCCUCGAGAAUGGCCUUUGCUCAGUUGCGGGUUGCGUAUGAAUUUAUUUUUGAAACAAAGAGUUCGAAAUAAAGUCCGUCCUUUGGAAAGUACUCAUCUCGGACAUCCAGAACUUGCAUUUGGUGUUUAUGAGGCCAUUAGCUCAGGUCGGUUUCUUAACAAUUUGAUUAAGGAUAAUUCUUUGUCCGCAUCCUUCAGUAUUGAAAACCGCACAAAUUCUCCAAAACAUGUUAACAAUUGUAGAAGGGGUGAUUUGUACCAAAGAUCUAUAGCCUUACUGAGAGAGUUUUUUUUCUUCUCAGUUUUGGACUCUUGGAAGAUCAGGCUGAGAUGAAGUCAUGAUUACUAAUGUGCAAAAAAAGGUACCACCAGGGCAAAAGGUGGUGGAGAAUAUGAAUUUUUUCUUUGGUGUGACCAUCUUCUUCCAGGGGAAAUGUGGAAUAGGACAAAACUAGAAAACAUUGACUUUGACUUGGAAUGAUCAUGAUCAUAAUUAUAAAAAGCGCAGGAGACAUAUAAAUAAAGAGCCGUCUAGUUAACAGGAGCCCGCCUGCAGACAUCUUAGAAACUGUAGCCUUUUAUAUCUUUUCAAAAAUGUUUCAAUAAUUUUUUAAAAAAAAAUACUAUUCUGGUAUUUUUACUUUGCUGCACGUCCAGUGCGCGACACUAGAGACUCUCUUUGCCGACAAAAUUCUUUGGUUGCUUCUCUACGCGUCCAAUUUGUUUUUUCGCAUUGAGAGAAGCGACGACCUGAAAUAAGUCUGCUCUUCGCAAGCUAUUCUACGCCACGGGGAGACUCCGCAUAUAAAAGGGGUAGGGAUGCUCGUCGUCUCGCUUAGGGAUGUAAAUUUCGGAUUUUUGUCUCAGUUAGGGUGUUCUGGGCACAUAUUUAGCCGCGAAGGUCUCGUUUAGGGUUGCAUUCUAAAAAAUCUAAAAAUAUAUAUAUUGUCUGUGUCUUAACAUGGUCUCUUUUAGGGGUCAAAAAAGCUUGGGCCACGCCCAGAUUGGUCUCCUUUAGGGGUUUAAUUCAAAAUUUCCGACGAGCAUCCCCUCACCUUUCAUAUGCGGAGUCCCCCCCGGGAUUCUACGCGCAGCUAUUGCUUUCUAUACUGUCUAUGAUAUCCUCGCUAAGUAUAGUAUGAGAUUUGUGGUAAACGUAACUUGCUGGACAAUGUCGGAAAACUACUGACAGGUAAGAAGCAGUGCAACACCAGCUCAGUGUCCUAUGUUUCAAAUUGUAGCCAAGGUUAAAACAACCGGAAAACUUGAACACUUCAAGACCCUAACUAAAAAUGACCACUCGUCAGCUAUUGCUUACCAAAUCAAUGCCACCGGACAUAACUCGAUCAAGUGGGAUCAUUUCGAAAUUUUAGCUUCUGGUAAAUCAGAUUAUUAGAAACUACAAGAUCUUAAUCCAGCUUUUAAUGUCAACAUCAUCAUAAGCCAGUGAAAAGCUGAUGCUUUAUUAGAUGUUGCUUUAUGUAAUUUUACUGUCAAGGAUUUUGAGUUCCCCAUCUAAUCAUUGGGCAAACGGAAUCAAACCUAGUCCUAAUCCUGAACGAAAGAGACAAGUUGAACUUGACCAGACACGACACGAUUUCUUUCUACUACUGUAUUUCUGUGUAGCGAAUUUAAGUUAGAGAAUAUUUGCUCUGGAGUAAAUUUUUGCGGGAAAAAUGUUUGCGGUUAUUUUUAUUUGCGGGGACUUAUUUUUGCGGAUCGCUGGAAAAAUCGCAAAAAUCGCAAAAAUUAGAACCCGCAAAAAUUUCCUGCCACACGGUAAAACCCAAUCAGUAGACGGAUUCCGACUCCACAAAUACAAUCAGCGUUACUUCUCUUCGCCAUGGCCAGCAAAAAGUUACAAUUAUGCAAAAAAAAACAAACAAACAAACAAACAAACAGAAACAGGCCAUGAAUUAGUUUUUAUAUCUGGGCCCCUUCCAAAUUACAGUCAAACCUCGCUUUACGGACACCCCGUUUAUACGGAUUCUUUUUAGGCCAUCCUCUUUUUUUUCUCCGUUUAGCGUCGUCCGACCGACCCAAAUUUUUGGCAUUUUCAAAAAAAAAAGUAAAGACGUAGUUAAACCAUUUUUCUCUUGAAAUAAUUCUUUUAAUCUGGAAAAUGAGCAUAGUAACAGCAUAGAGAAAAACAGGAACAUUUUUUACAGUAUAUUGUGCAUUUUGUUAAUCCAAAUAUGUGAAUGUUAACUGUCAACGUCAUCCUUGGAUACGAGGGCCUCCUAUUCAGAGACUCCUUGUGAUUUUUUUAAAGUUUUUUUUUUUUUUUUCAAUCCGACCGACCGACCCAACAUCAGGAAACGCAUUCAACGCUAAAUGAAAAAAAGGGGGAUAGCCUUAUGGCCCCUCAGUGUCCCCAUCAACGGGAUUUGACAGUACAUCUAAGAGAACAGAUCAACUGUCAGCUUAUUAUGUUCCCAUGUUGUGUCUAUAGAAAGGCGUUGCUGUUUCUCUGAUGAGCGGUAAAAAGGGAAUUUGAUAUGAUAUAAAGGGACAUGGAAAGAGGGAAUGAUGACUUCAUGCUAAGCGUGAGAAAAUUUUUGAUGUCCUUUAAAUGAACUACCAGGACGAAGAGAUAGCAGUUUAACUGACCGCUGGUUAUCUGUAAGAAACGUUUUGAAGCUUCAGCUGUUAGAAGGUCUUCUGAGGUCCUUCCGAAUUCAACCGGCAUAGAGAAACUCUCUAGCAAGUCCGUUUCAGUUCUGUUAAAAAUUUAGAGCGUGACAUGACAAAAAAACGGCAAAAAAGCCUGGGGUUUUUAUUGAUCAUGAAACGCUGGCUCGCUGUCACAAGUCAGAUACAUAACAACCACUUUUAUCAGAAGUGAAAUAAAGCAGACCGAUCAAAUAAAAGUAUUUUUGUACGGGAAACUGUAACAUUCGCCUUCGUAGUUUUUACUGCUUUGGUUUGGCGAGAAAGGUUUUACUACUAGCGAAGCCACGAAUCUAGGCAUAUGGGACCGCUUUUCAUUUUUAAAUUUUGAUGACACAUUGUUUUGCUAUUUGAGAGACUUCGCCCAAUAAGGAAACAAAACGGUCUCUGUUUCCGUAAUUAAAAAAUCAAGGAGAUUAAAGAAUCGAGAGACGAUUAUCUGUAUUACGGAAACCGCGACGGAAGGGGUGUGAGGCUAUUGGCAGGGUCAUGCAAUACGACCCGCUGUGUCAAGUUCUAGCAAAAUUCUGAUCUGAAAGGUCUCCAUCGUAUCUUCUUGUAGCGAGGGUCUACACGCAGUAAAUGGCUUUGCAACGAUUCUUAGGCUUGCAGAUUUUCUUAUGUUUGAUUAUAACAUUGGUUGUACCGUCGGGAGCUUUCGAAAACAAUGUCCUUGAAAUAGGUAAGCUGGUAUUAUAUAAUUGCUCAUAAGCCGUGUAUAGUCAAUAACCUUAACCACAAACCAGUAACUCGGUAAGUUUUAUAACUUUGUCCCAAAAUACGGCUACCAAAAAGCUGUAAUAGCAGUUCUUGUUUCGUUACAUACAAAAAUACAACUCAAUACAAUUUUCUUCGUUACUGAUCGAACUUGUCAGUUAACGAUUCGUCGUAUAGUCGGCAAAGGAAACUGUAUCUCUUCGUGACUUUAAGAAACGGGGGAGAUGGGUAUUUGUGCGAGUUUCGGAAGAACACAAGAAGACUAUGAGAGACAAAAAAGAAAUGUUUUUAACGUCCUUUGAGUGAUGAAACUGACCUGAAACUGUGCUGCAACUGCAUAAAUAGAGAAAUAGAUAAUGCUUCACCGACGAAUUUGCCAAUUUUAACUCAAAGAUUCAGAAAAAUAUGUGCUCAAGAAGAUAUCGCUCCAUCUACCUCCCCCGCACAAAAUUUACGGAGAUAAGCCAUCUUUAUCUUGUAAAUCUUGUUAGAUGUUUUUAUAGAAAAUAUUACAAUAACAAAUAGAAAGGCUUAUUAUAUUCUAUUGAAUUAGUGGUCUAACACGAACAGUGGCCCUAAGUUGUAAAAAUCCUUUUCUCCGGCCAGCGAACAAAAGCCAACGUUUCCAAUAAUGGUCAUCCUGCAGAGUCUUGUCGUUAACAAUGGUUCGUUCUUUUGCUCACACGUGUAAUUCUCUUUUGAAAUGAUCUGCCACCUUGAAAACGCGUUCUAAAGAUGCAGUGUUUCAUCAAUUUACUGUAAUUAAGUAAUUAAUUUUCCAAUUAAAAAGAAGGCAGACAAUUUUUGUCGAAAUCUGAGCUAAAUAAUCGUCAUAUAAUUUUACAUUAUCAGGGGCGGAUCUAGGGGGAGGGUGCAGGGGGUGCGCCCCCCCCCCCCUCGAGAUGACCUGCGGUUUUCUAAUACAACUGGUAUUCUGCCAAAAAAAAAACUAUGUGGUUUAUUGGUGUUGAAGUAGAGCAAGAGACGAGUGCACCCCCUCCUAAAAAAAUCCUGGAUCCGCCCCUGAUUAUUUUUACCUUUGGCUUAUUUUUUAUUCAAUUACGUAUUUUUUUUAUCUAAUUUUUAUUUUUUGCGAAAUCGACCAUCAUGAACAGCAUGGGAAUUAUGAAAAGAGAAUUUUGGCAAGAAAAACGGUGAUUGUAAAGGAAAAUUCCUAUUUGUUCCGUUGAAUGUAUUUCGGCAGAUUUGAAGAAGUCAGGAAAUCUAGCAAGCAGUUCGCCCUUUGAAGUAAAGUGGUUUAUUCUCAUAACAUUGAAUUAGCUGAAAAUUAAACUUGUAUGGAAUUAUAAUUACCUUGUGGGUUCGCUGAGGAAGGAAGCAGGAAAAAAUGAAAAUGAAGAGAAUUCCACAUGUUUUUUUAACAUUUUUCAGUCAAGCUAUAUCAGCUAACCACUGGUAUCAGUUUUUCUGUUUUAUUGCUCACGUUUACUUUUUACUGAAUGGAAUGAUAAAAACCUAUGAAAGGUAACUGGAAGAACCAAAACUAAUAUUAACUGGCAAUUAAGUUUGCAUCCCGAGUAUUUAGAUCUUUUUUCAAAGUGACCUUAACAAACCUUCACAGAGUCAUCAUGAGGGAGGCGUUUGUUUAGAUAAAUACUUCAACCACUCCUGUUCUUUACACCACAUAGACUUGACCGCUAUAUAUCUGGGGGAAACUCCAUGAAAGGAACGGCUGGUUGUCUCGCUGAGGGUUCUAAAUUGCAGAUUUUCGUCUCAUUUAGGGCGUUUAGAACGGAAAGCCAAUAUUUUUAUGAAAGUAACGCUGUAUGGUUGUGCGCAAGAAAUCUCCAUAUAAAAGAAACCACACUGCUUUUAAGUUAUACUGAAUGAAGAAUAUGUAAUAUAACAAAGAAAGAGAGUUGUCUUUUUUUAUUUGAAAAAACCCGGGUUUUGUUCGUGAUUCUUGACAACCAUUCACCUUGUCUCGUUUGUCAAAUGAAUCACAAAUGAAAGCUGAGGAUCGUAGCAACUAUAAAUGUCAGCUGAAAUGUGUCGCUUACAAAAUUUAAGUGUUUCAAUCAGCACUCUCUCGCAGUUAAUUCAAAGAUUGAAGUAUCUCCACGCUGAAAUUUUGUUCUCUUGGAGGAUUUCAAAUUCACUUUUAAUUCUCCCAAAAAUUCAUCGCCUCGUCGACAACUCUUACUUGCUAUUACAUUCCUGUCAUAAUUAUUGUUCCACAAAAACAAACCGCAGUUAAAUCUUUCCCUUUGACUAGUUAAAGGUCGGCGAGCAGCAGACAGCGUCUACAAAAGUCAUUUUCAUUUGAGAUUUUGGUCGUUAAAUACGUAUUGUAUCUUUUACCACGAAAUCUGAAACCUGCUAACAAUGUAUUUUUAGCAGUAUUCCAGCUGCUGGUAGGUCUUUCCGUUUUUCAUUCUGCUCUCAUUCGAAGGUCAUUUAACUAAAAUCUAAUGAUUUAUUUCAUAAACUGGCCAAUCGGAAAACAAUCCAAAAAACUAACUGCAUCGCUGAGCUCCAUCAGAAUGGCAGUGUUUUCGAAAUACAUAAAAGUUAUAUUUAUAAAAAAGGCCUCUAUUACGUCUGGCCUGGGGACAAAAGAAAAUUAGUUUCUCAAAUUUUCUAGGCCCUUUUCGACUUCCUAAUGCGAUUGUAUUCAAUUAUGUGUACGUAAUUGUCGUAAUGUGAUUAUUUGUGAAGACAAUGAAAAUGUGAUUAGUUUAAAACUUACUCUUAGCAACGCAAAAUGUUUCAAAAAGCUACCACUUAUGUCUUUAAUCAGAGAUUACAUUCAAUUUAUUAUUAAUCUUGUUUCUUUUAUUUACUCAGAAACCCACGGGAACGGCAUUUUUACGGAAACAAAUAAACCGAGGUGAGUGGUGCCGUAAUUCGGCUUAAAAUAUUUUCUAACGGCUCAACGUGGGCCAUGGGCUCCUGCGUGGGCUUACUUAGCCUAGAAAGUGGUAGAAAUAAUCUUUAGAGUUAGGCAAACGGAACAAAAAGUGAAAAUAAACAAAACAACAAGCAAGGAAUUUAGGGAACUUAUCUUCUUUGAAGAACAUUUUCACUCGAGUGAAAAGAGUAAAGGGAUUAUUAAAGCCCAAACCACAUGUAUUACUCGGCCAAUCAAAAGCUUUGCAGACACGCUAAUGAGCCAAUCAGAGCUUGCAAAACAACUCAAUGCAGAGGCCGGCGAUAAGCGCGGGAAACAUCGUGCAAACUGAGACCACGAUGCCUUCUAGAGAGAAUAAUGGGACAAUGUCUAGCCCUUGGGAUAUGUUAAUAUUACCAAAGUUAUUCUUGGGCCUAUCAAACGCUUGAAAUUAAUCGGAAGUUGCUUUCCGUCCCACUUGUUUGGUUCUAGUUCGGAAUGACUGACAACGGGGCGCAAGAUUUUCUGCCUCUUCUCCAAAAGUACUAAUGGCGAACUUGAGCAUAGUGUUGCAAUUACUUUAGGCGACCAACGCCUUGCUUAUCUCAUUACUAUGUUUACGGAGCUAACGCAAAAUAAAAUAAUUCUGGGCAACGCGUGUCAACCGGAAGCGAGGCCUUCCGCUUUUUCAUAUGCCUUGAAACUGCCAAAUUUGUAUUGCUGUGGGUCUUUACUCCUAUAGAUAUGAUUUUUCGAGAAAAUGUGGUAAACACUACUUCCCAAGAAUGCAAAAGUCCACUUGCGGUUGACAUGCGUCGAUCAAAAAAACAGGGGCAAUGUCAACCUCGUUUCCAGGUUUCUAUCCAACUCGUCCCCUCAGAGCAAGGUGAGGUUGGGGUCGAUUUAUAACUACGUACCGUCCUCUUUUAAGGUAGUGUGAGAGUAUGUGUCAGUAAGUUACUAUUUUUAUAUCACUUCUAGUAACUACAUUUGUUCUUCAACAGCAACUCGUGUGUGCCAGCCCACUCUCUUCCAACAACACUGACUACAGAGUGUCAUCCUUACAUAUACAGUGGAAGUGGUAUCUGUUCCGAUCUGCUGGGGGACCACCUCAUCUACGGUUCAGAAUCAAAGCAAGAAAGAAUGGAAAAACUACUGGCAAAUUUCGAGUUCGCAAGGGCUUAUUUACUUGCUAAAGACGAUAUGUCUGAUAAAUGCCUCCGGGCUGUUGAGCUUAUUUACUGCAACCACUACUUUCAAAGAUGCGACAGCACUUCUUCGCGGAUCCGCUCGCGACCGGUCUGCAGAGAAGCCUGCGAAAUUAUGGUUCAGCAGCAUUGCAGAGCGGAGUACCCAAGAGCACGUGAAAUAAACAAGAUGUCCCAGGGACGGUCUGAUUAUGGCUAUUUUGACUUGAUAAACUGCACCAUCCUACCUAAAAGAGACGGCGGUACUAUUCCGGAGUGUUAUUUUCCCCAAGAGUUUAAAGGUAUGAUCAGUAAGUUCAACACUAAGCAUGUGGAAAAAACCAGAUGGCUUUUUGUUGAUUUUAACCAAUGGAAACAUGGAAUGGGGCAUGGAAAAGUCAUAGGGUUGAGUUAUGAAAACCAUACCCGAGGGGGGUCUUCUGGUGGAGUCGCUAUUAUACCGUGCACAGCUGCAGUACAACUAAUUAUUAAAAAAAAAUAAAAAAUAUUUUUAUUUAUUUUCUUACUUCAGAGAAUAAAUCGAGGGAAGAAGAAAGCGGUAAGUCCGAGCCACUUCAGCUUGCUUUGUUGGUAAUGUUUGUGUGAGUAUUUUUUUUUACGGAACAACCAUGUGCUUCUAUGAUCUGAACGACGUGUUUUAGGAAUUUCAGAAUGAAAUGUCAUUUUUCUUUAUGUCAACCUGCCUUACGUAAGGAAACAUGAAAAUUUGUGUGCCUCAACUGAGGUAAUAAAACUAUCAUCCUUAGAAACUUCUAUGACUCACAAAGAUCCUGAAAUCAGCAGACUAUUUUGAUAACCACCACUAAUUUCAUCUAAACUCGACAAAAUUAUCGUCGAUAGUCCAUAGUCAUAGGGAAAGACAUUAGAACAGCGAUGAUUUUUACGUGGAUGGCGACCGCGUAUUAGAUGAAUAAACCAAAAGAAAAGUUAGACAUCAAAGAAGGGUUUCUUACCCGAGGUAAGAUGACAGUCUGAUUUUAUUUUUCUACUGCUCAACAGACUCGUGUUCCUUUGGUAACGGCCAAUCAUACCGUGGAAACAUAUCUGUGACCCAGUCAGGUCACACGUGUCAAUCAUGGUCUUCCCAGUGUCCUCAUCGGCACCACAGAACACCCAACAAAUUCCCUGAACUAGAAAAUGCUGGCAGUGCAUGCCGAAACCCGGGUGGUCAAGCUCCUCUAGGGCCCUGGUGCUAUACUACAAACCCCUCAGUGCGCUGGGAGUACUGCAAUGUCCCAGUUUGUUCACCAGGUAAGUUUCCAUGGAAACAAACAGAGUGGGAGACGGAGAAAGUGUUAAUACUCCAGUGUAUUUGUGUUAUAGUUUUCGGCACUUAGUUCUCGUAUUGAAGAAAACGGAAGUAACUGGUGCGCCCUAUACUACUACGAUAAACUUGACCAACAUUAACUAAUUGUCUUAUAUUCGGAUUAUCCUUUUUAAAAUACCGGGGUCUGGCUUGUGGGCAACCUCGUCCCCAGGCCGUUUCCCUUAAAAAAUGGGUGGGGUGGGAAGCCCUGGGGACGAGAUUGGCUUGUGGGCUUACGACUAACACCAUAUAGAUCAACCAAAUCUGUGCUCGAGAUGUCACAAGAGCCCAGUUCUUCGAUAACGAACCAGUCGAUAUACUGAUCCCCUGGAUAGUGAUUUAUCCGGUGGAUAACCGGCUAUCAAAAAUUUGAACCGGGGCCUGGACUUUCAAAAAAGCGGCCUAAAGAACCGCAUUAGAGUUCAUUCCGGGAUAAGAUUACGAUGUAGAGCCCCAUGCAGUUAUGAUACUUUCGUGGAAAAAAGUAAUGACUAUACCAAAACGUGUUAUCAAGUGGUCCGGAGGUUUUUUCAGCUGUUCUUUGAGACGUUGAAAUACGAUUGUACAGUGAAGUCAGACUCGCACCCAGUCGCUAUUUAUGUGUUUUUGGGGUGAGAGAAGAUUGGGGGUUAGGUUGAAAAAUAGCUAACCCCCAAUCUUCUCUCGCCCCAAAAACACAUAAAUAGCAACUGGGUACGGGUCUGUAUCGAAGUGAAGAAAACUGUUAUUCCCGCGACCUGGUUAGUAUCAGAAAAGAAAACUAAACUUAGUCUAUAAAAAUUUUUCUUCGUCUUGGAAUUGUUUUAGAAGAUGCAAAGCUGUCAGCUUGGAGUGCAUUCAGCGCAUGCUCAGUAUCUUGUGGAGGAGGUAUAAGGAAACGAACUCGCGAAUGUACCAGACAGCGUUUUGGCGGGAAAAACUGCUCCACUGUCGGUCCGCUCACCGAACAAGUUCCUUGUAAUGUUCACAACUGUUCAGGUAGGAGGAAAAACACAGACUACUCGAAGUGCAAAUUUCUUUCAUUAUAAUGUCAACGAUUGAUAUCUAUCUUUCUGAUUUGCGUACUGCUACAUCGUUAGUAAGACCAAAUUUUUAUGUCCAGAAAAGGCGUCUGCGAGCAAUAGAAUUCGUUCUUGCGCAUGAGUCGAGAGAAAUGGGGGCGGUUUUAGUACCGAUACCGCCAGCAGUUGACAGCCUAGAAAAUGCUUUUUCUUGCACUUUGAUCUUAGGGCCUUAAUCCCAUUCCAAAGCUAAGAGGAUAACCCGUUAUCCUCUCUUUGUACAUUCCAUUGAUUAGAUCUUUUACUUAACCCAAUUAUCGGUUGCCCUAAAAAUACAUCUGAGCUGCAAAGAAAAUAUGUAAUUUGUGUCUUUCCUGGGGUAUAUCUUUCUGGUGAGAAGGAUCCAUGGCUGAUAACUUACUGAUUGGUAUUGGCGACUUCAAUUUGUAUUCUAGGGAUUGCUCAGGAAGACAGAAAAAGACAGGAAAUGUCUCCAACUUAUUUAGGUGAGUGUAGAUAGUCAUUUUCUACUUAGCUCACAACUCUGUUAAAACCAUGCAUUUAAACGGGUUAGGGAUAUAUUCGAAAACGUGAAUUGUAUGGUUGCUUGCGCGUCUUGCGUCCUAACCUGCUACCGAAUAAGAUUUUGCAACAGUGGUUUUCUAAAAGUUAUUCUGUUUUCGUCCAAAUAUAGUUAACUUGAUAAUUUCAGGAAGAACCCCUUAAAUUAAAUCGAGAUUUCUUUGAUCUUUUAAACACUUAUCGUAGGAAAUCGAGAAAUUGCCACAAAUCUUGAUGACAGUGCUGUUUUGUUAAUUGGUCAAAUAAUCCAAUUUAAUCCCGAAACACGAGUCUAUUAACCAUCCCUUAUCCUCUCAAAGUCUUGGGCCCCAGUUUCGCAGAUAUUUCAAGGUUUCUCAUGAACCUUUUAAGUUAUUUCUUUUUCCAUAUUUCGUUGUAGGACUGACCUUGACCGAGAUCAUCAUUGUUUCAGCCACUGGAUCAGUUCUUCUGUUCGUGGCAGUGGUUUUGGGGGUCAUGCUGUUUAGGAGACACAGUGAGUCGCUAAGCAGUACAUAAUAAAAGUGUUAAUUGAGUUAAACUAUUAAAAGCCCUGCUGUACAGUUCUCUUGUCACACACUGUUAAGUGCUUCAACUCUUACUAAGCAGACUGGCCCAUUCACAACUUCUCGUAGCCGCCGUUGUCCAAUGGUACAUCCAAUUACAGACACCCGACUUGCUGCAACGCUUAACAAAAUUCCACAUCCACUGGGAAGCAACAUAUAUUUUUUACAACUAGAGGAGAAUCAUGUACAAGGUGGAGAAAAGAAAGAAUCAACCUAUUUAACAGUCGAAAGUUAUGGCUUAGAAAUCUUUAAAAUAGAUUGAUUUUCCAAGUGAUGCUUCUUUAAUCUGGCCCAUUUGUGCUAAGGAAAGCUCUUCAGCAAGGCCAUCUGAAACUCCUUGGGCGUGGUCGCUGGUCGCCCGGAGAGCCUACCUGCUAACCAAAGAGCGCGAGGACACUGCUUCUGGGGAAGAUUUCAGGAACACUUCCUGGCCUAUUCUGACAUGAGGCUUUACUGAGAUGUAAUGGUUCCCAGAGAUGAGAAUAGACAGUUUAUGAGCCCUCUGCACCAUGACAGUCCUAGAAAACGCAGUGUUUAGAUAUGGGACCACUUACCUAAUAGACUGUCGACAAGGUACAAAGCUAAUUGUUAUUUUGUCUUCUUUUGCCUUCAGGGGGUCGCAAAUUAAAAGAUCCAGACGAACAUGACAUAACUCCUUAUGCAACCAUUCACAUCAGCGGAAUCAGGGUUGGACAAAAUGUUGAGAACAACUGUUAUGGACAAGCAGGAAUGUAUGAAAACCCACUCAUAACAUUGCCUUUCUACGCGAGAAUUCCCCCAAGAGACAGUCCAUCGCGACUGCUACGAAAAUUUCGCAACUCACCGUAUGAAAAUAUUAACCAGCUUGGAAGACCGUUUGCAAAUCCCCUCGAAUAUUUGUUUUUCCAACCUCGUUAUGAAAAUGAGGCUGACGAUGGACCAUGCGAUGUUCUAAUUCUAAAGCCUGGGUACGACAAGCUGAGGCCUGGCAUAAGGCGAAAAACGCUGGAAAAUCCCGCGCCAUUUAAGCGCUCUAUAAGUGGCGGAGUCGAUAAAAGUGGAAUGCCUGUGUACGAUUCUAUCAUACAGGAUGCCUGUGGGAUACCUGUGCACGAUUCUGUCAUACGAGAGACCGAACUUUCGUGUCGAAAAAUUGAUUCAACUGAAAGCAAUCUGGACGAGAUUGGCACAAUUCUUGAAAUCGAUUCAUGCGAUGAAUGUAGUCAGGCAGAUACACAAGACAGUGGAGAUGAACACGGCGACGAUGCGGUCUCAGUACAAGACGAUGAUUUAAGAUGCUUGGGUACCGAUUGUGAUGCGCAACUACGUCCACUCGGGUCGAGUAGUGCAAAAGAAGCCGGAACGUCGCGUUCUCAAGCUGCACUACACAUGCAAGAUCAAACGGGUUUAUUUGGGUUUUACAACAGUAACCUUACACAGGACCACGAUGCUUAA